AUGGAUCACCACUCGAGCCCGAGCCACCAGGCUCCGCUGGAGUCUGACAAGCCCUACGCUCCUCACGAUGUCCUCGACGAGACGGCCAAGACCGCCGUGGUCGGUCUGGGAGGCGGCUUCUUCCUCGCGGCCAUUCGCAACGCCAUGUCGAAGCGCAACGUCGGCGCCCUGGGAGUAUUUACCCGCGGCGCCCCCAUUAUCGGAAUCUGCGCUGCCGGCCCCGCCGCAUACGCUUUCUUCUCCAGAACCAUGAUGAACCUGCGCGAAAAGGAGGACGCAUGGUCCGCCGCCUUUGGCGGUUUCAUGUGUGGUGGUGUCUUGGGCCUUCCCUCUCGGCGAAUGCCCGUCGUCGUGGGUCUAGGCAGUGCCGUGGGCGCCAUCCAAGGCGCACUGUACUUCCUCGGUGGCCGCAUUGACUCUUUCAAAAAGGAGUCUGACGAGUUCGAGCGCAAGGAGAGGAUCAGAAGGACGACCAGGCUACCCGUGGAGCAGACUGUUGCCGAGAUUGGCGAGGGACGAGGCAUUCAGCCUCCUGGAUAUGAGGAGCGGAGACGCGAGCGCAUCAAGGAGACGUACGGAUUCGAGAUCAACCCCGUCAAGGCUACCGUGGAGGGCAGCCAAUAA